GACCCGGAAGUACUUUGUUCGGCCGGCGACUACCGUCGAUCGCGAUCAAGCUGCUAUUCCAGUGGCUGUAUUUCUGAUGCUACGUCUGCUUGGCCGGUGUUUGGAAUUUCCAGAGAGCUUCUCGCGGACACCGCGGGGUCAGCUAUCACGCAUCGAGAAAGUGUUAGCAGUGCCAGCCAGAACUUCGGCGCGACGUCAACCAAACUCUGCUUUGCCUUUGCUUGAUCUGCGGUAGGGUGCAGCAUCUGAAAAAACAAGAUGUUCUUCAAGACAGCCUCCUGCGAACCAAGGUCGUUUGCUUCACGUCGGGCACUUCACCUUGUGAAGCGAGCAGAUCCAGUCCAGCUCCGCAAUGUCUUCAGUAAACAUGCGAGCAUUGAGCGGGGAGGGGAGCGUUUCAUGACCCCCGAGGAUUUCAUCAGAGGCUACCUCAACAUGCAGCCUGAGAGGAAUUACAAUCCAGAUACCCUGAAACUACUAGCUGGUGUAGCGGAUCAAACAAAAGAUGGGUUGAUAUCAUUCAUCGAGUUCCAGGCCUUUGAAGCAAUGCUCUGCUCUGCUGAUGCUACUCAUAUGGUAGCCUUUCAACUGUUUGAUACCAAUGGAUCAGGAUUUGUUUCAUUCAAUGAAUUCAAGCAAGUUUUCAGCCUCACAGAGGUGUUCCAGAGAAUCCCAUUCAACUUUGACUCCAGUUUUGUCAAACUUCAUUUCGGAACGGAGAAGAAGAAAGAGCUGAGCUUUGUGGAAUUCACACAGUUUCUUCAUAACUUGCAAGAGGAGCAUGCGAUGCAAGCCUUUGUCAAAAUGGAUAAGAACAAUGUAGGCAUGAUUUCUGCAUUGGACUUCAACAAGAUCAUGACCACCAUCUUGGGUCACAUGCUCACCGAUUACGUCCAAGAUAACCUUGUCACAGUUGCAGGAGGAGAGACCAAACAUCUUGUCAGCUUCCCUUACUUCAACGCUUUCGUCAGUCUACUCAAGGACAUGGAACUAAUGCAGAAAAUCUAUGAACAGAUCACCAAUGGCUCACACACACAACCUGUUACAAAGGAGGAGUUUCUUCACGCUGCCCAGCAAUAUUCUCAGAUCACCCCUAUGGAGGUAUCUAUUCUCUUUCACAUAUGUUGCCUGGAGGAAUCAGUAGGUCUUCAAAGAAUAUUUAGUCGAGAAAGUCGAGUCACGUUUGAUGAUCUGGUGAAGAUCACGCCGCCAACUGACGUCAUCAGCAAACUUCAGGUGUCACAGCCCAAGGAGAAGGUGGAACGUACAGCCCUCCUUUCUGUAUUCGAGUCCGUGUACAGAUUCACUUUGGGUGCUAUAGCAGGAGCCACUGGAGCGACGGCAGUAUAUCCCAUUGAUUUGGUCAAGACUAGAAUGCAGAACCAGAGGAGUGGUCAGAUGGUCGGUGAACUCAUGUACAAGAACAGCUUUGAUUGCUUCAAGAAGGUCAUUAGGCAUGAAGGCCUCUUUGGUCUCUACAGAGGUCUUCCUCCCCAGCUGAUAGGAGUAGCACCAGAGAAAGCUAUCAAGCUAACUAUGAAUGACUUUAUGAGAGACAAAGUAAGGAGAAAGGAUGGCACAUAUCCAUUCUGGGGAGAAAUGCUCGCAGGAGGAUGCGCUGGUGGGUCACAGGUUAUGUUCACCAAUCCCUUGGAGAUUGUUAAGAUUAGGCUUCAAGUAGCUGGCGAGAUUCAGACAGGUCCCAGGGUAUCGGCCAUCACUGUUCUGAAAGACCUUGGUCUUUUGGGACUCUAUAAGGGAUCAAAAGCAUGCUUCUUACGUGACAUCCCAUUCUCUGCGAUCUACUUCCCAUGUUAUGCUCAUCUAAAAAAAUACUUUGCUGACAAAGACGGUCAUAACUCGCCAGGUUCACUGCUUGUUGCUGCUACAAUUGCUGGUGCCCCUGCUGCAUACUCUGUGACGCCAGCCGACGUGAUCAAGACGAGACUGCAGGUGGUAGCCAGAGGAGGCCAGACCACCUAUACAGGAGUGAUAGAUUGUGCAAGGAAGAUCUACAGUCAAGAGGGUUUCAGGGCAUUCUGGAAAGGAGGACCAGCUCGUAUCUUCCGUUCAUCACCACAGUUUGGUGUCACCCUGCUCACAUAUGAACUUCUACAGAGAGCUCUACCAUUGGACUUUGGAGGAAGCCGACCGGAGGGAUCCCAAGUGAAGGAAUCACAUCAUCCCGCUGAUCUACCCCCAGUCAAUCCCGAACACAUCGGUGGUAUGCAACUAGCUGUAGCAACCUUCUCUGGUGUCGAGACAAAGUUUGGUCUCUUCCUACCGAAAUUCAGAAACCUCCAGUCACAAGCAACCUAAGAGAACCUAUAGCUAUAGGAAUAUUCUUUUAUUUUAACUUAAACCCAGCAUAAAGCUGGUUAUA